AUGCUGUGUUGCAGACCGUUUCUGCUGCAGGCCAAUGCUUCAUACACAGAGAUCGGGCUGUUUUCCAUCACUAGCUACCCGUACUCUUCCAAGCUGUUGUGGAGCCCCAUCGUUGAUGCAGUAUACAGUCCAAGCUUUGGUCGACGGAAAAGCUGGAUCGUACCGAUUCAGACAAUAAGUGCACUUCUGUUGUUCACUCUUGGAGACCAGGCACAGUCGUUCCUUGAGUCCACAGACAUUUUUCGACUCAGCGUCCUGUUCUUCGUUUUCGUUGUCCUCGCAGCCACCCAGGACAUUGCUGUUGAUGGUUGGGCCCUGACCCUCCUGCCCAAGCACCACGCUGGAUACGCUGCUACGUGCCAGACGAUUGGACUGAACCUUGGAUAUUUCAUUUCAUUCACGGUGUUCCUGGCCUUGAACGACCCUGAUUUUUGCAACAAGCACCUGAGGGUGGAGCCGUCUGAGGUCGGAUUAGUAACACUGUCAUCAUACAUGAAAUUCUGGGGCGUGGUGUAUGGAAUUGUGACACUGUGUGUGGCUCUGCUGAAACAAGAAGGGACGAUCUCCAAGUCACAGGAUUCAGAUUUGCCUAAUGGAAGUAUGGGGGAGCUGUCAAGGGCAUACAAACAGCUAUGGGCAGUAGUGCGGCUCCCUGCUGUUCGCCAAUUGACUGUGUUCCUCCUGAUUUGCCGAGUGGGCAGUCUGGCAGCAGAGUCUGCAAGUCCUUUGAAACUUUUGGACAAGGGUGUUUGCAAGGAAGCGCUGGCUGGUCUGGUCCUUUUGGAGUUCCCUUUGGAAAUAGUGUCAGCUGUGUUGGCGGGGAGAUGGGCUGCGCGACGCUCAGCUUUUGGCCCAUAUUUGGUCGCUUACCAUAUGAGGCUGGUGCUCGCAUGUCUGAUCACAGCAUUGGUGUACGUCUUUCCCGGGAAUGCAGAGGGCUUCGGCUCUCACCCUGUGAUGUUCUCUGCCCUGGCCCUGAUUGGGGUGCUCACAUCGUUCAUGGGCACACUGUCCUUCACAUCACUGGGAAGCUUUUACAACAAAAUCAGUGAUCCACAAAUGGGAGGCGCCUACCUCACACUCUUAAACACGAUUGCAAACAUGGGCUGGAGCCUUCCAAAGGUGCCAGUGUAUUGGCUGAUGGAUUUGCUGACUGUGAGGGAGUGCAAAGGUCCAGCCAACGAGAAUUGGCACCACUUCUGUCCGUCAGGGAAGCACCAGGCUCUAGGGUCAAACCCCUGCACUGAUGUGGGCGGCAGCUGUGUGGUAACCUUCGAUGGUUAUUACCCCUUGGUGUAUGGGAUGGUUGUCGUCGGUGUCCUUCUAGGUCAGUACUUCUGCCGUUUGCUGCCAAAGCUAGAGGCGAUUCCUGCUGACCAGUGGCACGCCAAGGAACUUAAGAGGGAGUGA